GUGCCGCUGCAGAGAAACCCGAGAGAGCUCCGGCGGAUACAGAAGGAGAAUCGGCGCAAGAAUCCCGUGUUGAAGAAUGCCCACGUGUUCGAAACCACGUCACAGUACUCCAAAUCACGCAGUGUAGCUCUCGUGGCUAAGGAAGGUAGGUAA